AUGACUACUAUUUUGAAAACUGCGGCUCUGGGGGAUAUUCGCGGCAAAAGCGAUGGAGUCGUGUCUCAAUUCUUGGGUAUCCAAUACGCCACUCUGAAAAAUCGGCUCGCGGACGCGGAGCUGGUCGAACGACGACAUGGUGAUAUUUUGGAUGCAACUAAAGACGGGCCGACUGCUUUAUCACCUCCAAUUGGCUGUCAGCUCGAGCUCAAACACGUUCAGCAGAGCCUUCCCCCGAAAUAUCUGUCCCAAUCUGAUAUUGAUUGUCUCAACCUCAACAUUGCGAUUCCUUCCAAUGCCACCCCGUCGUCGAAUCUUCCCGUUCUUUUCUUCAUCCAUGGAGGUGGGCUCUUUAUUGGCGCCAAUUCCUGGCCACAGUCCGAUAUCGAACGCAUGGUGAGCUUAUCCGUCGAAAGAGACGUGCCUGUUGUGAUGGUUGCUAUCAACUAUCGCCUUGGCGCCCCCGGGUUUCUGACAUCGGAAGAGCUGCGCGAUGCCGGAUUCAACGCGAACAACGGACUGCGAGAUCAACGCGUCGCCCUACAAUGGGUACACAGGCAUAUUCGUGACUUUGGCGGAAAUCCGGACAAUAUAACAGCAGCAGGCAUGAGUGCCGGUGGAGCUUCGGUCACUUACCAUCUUCACUCCAAGGAGCCUCUGUUCAAACGUGCGAUUUCGAUGAGUGGGACUUGUCUAAACAUCAAGGCACUGUCAUACGAUGAGCACGAGAAGAACUACACCGCUGCAAUUGCCGCCUUAGGACUGUCUACUUCGAGCCCCGAUGAGCGUGUCAAGGCGAUCCUGGACAUGCCCGGCAGCGAGCUCAUAGGCAAACUGCCUCCUUCCAUAUCGCCAUCACCGGCUGUGGACAAUGAUAUCGUUCUUCCCGGCGUGACAUAUGCUGAGAUUGGAAAUACUCAGUCCACUCUUCUCCCAGGGAAAAGUUGGUGCUCAAACCUUCUUAUUGGAGAUGCGGAAAUGGAUGCCAGUAUCCUUGAGUUCCUUGCGCCUCAAAUGAGAGUUGAAUCUGCAAAGAAGUUCAUAUCCGCGGUGAGGAAGGUGUUGGAAUCAUAUCCCGAUGAAGCGCAACGCAUCUUGGACGAGUACAAUAUCACCCAAGAGACCCCUGAUGACGAGGCGAUAUAUUCUGUGCUCAAUUUUAUCACGGACAUUAGUUUCCAUGCGCCGGCGCUAACAUUCGCCCUUGGCUGGAACGGGAAUGCAUACGUAUAUCAUUUCAACGAGGGCAACCCCUGGGAUGGGCCGUGGAAGGGCCGUGCAAACCAUAUCCUUGACGUUGCGUAUCUCUUCCAGAACUUCCAGGAGUGCCUUAGCUCGGAACAAAACAAGGUUGCUACUUCUUUUGCAGAAGACUUUUUCAAGUUUUGUCACGGAGUCCCCGCAUGGCCGGCAAUUACCCCUGGAGACAUUAGCGCCGGCUUUUCGGCACGAGUCUACGGGCCCAGCCACCAAGGAGAAAUUACGGGGGUGGCAACGAAAGCAUUCGGUGAAGAAAGCCGACGCCGAAGUGUCGUAUUUGACUGUGCAUCGAAGGUUUCUCUAGAUCGACUGGCAAAUGUGGUUGCUGUUUUCAAAUCCGGAUGA